AUGUCCAUGUUUAUGACACAACCCGCCUACGCCUACGCGGCAGCUCCUCCACCUCCCAGACAAUACUCGGGAACAAGCAGUGCUUUCAGUGCUUCUGCCAACCCCGAUGAGGACUGGACCAAGAUCUCUGACCUUGCUGAGCGCCGAAGAAUACAGAACCGCAUUGCUCAGCGCAACUACCGCAAGAAGCUCAAGCGCCGCCUUGAAGACCUCGAGCGCCGUGCUGGUUCUUCUGACGAUGCCGAGUCCGACAAGCAGCCACAGAAGCCUACCAAGUCGAAGCGAUCCCCCUCCGCACCCAAGUCUCAAAAAUCGCAAUCCGGAGCUCCCAGCAAGUCUGUUGCCUCACAGGGCCAAUUCACUCCUCCCAUGGAGCCUACUGACGAGCUUUUCUUCCCCGGCACCUACGACGACCGAGCUCGCUCAGACAGCCCUCCUCAGUUCACAUACUCAACAUACCCUGCUCCCGAUGAGAUCCUCCUCGCACCCUACGGUUCCACUCAGUCAUACCCAGCCAUCACAACCGCUGAUGCCUACCCCAACUACAUGACAGCGUCUACAGUGCCCAUGACGCUUCCUUCCAUGACACACUUCAGCGAUGCCAUCAAGCGGGAGACGUACCCUAGUGACGACGGACUCACUCCUUACAUGACCUACGGUUACAUGCCACCCAUGGACUUCAACUCUGGUAGCCCAUACGAACAGUCCAACCCUCAUACUCCUCCGCUGUCGCAUUCUUUCGACCACUCUGCCAACUGCUCAGAGGCUGGCUUCGAUUACCCUGCCACGCCUCUGUCAAUGCCUGGCUCGCCUGGUCUAAUCCAGCACCAAUAG